UGUGUAUGUACGUAGGGGGAUGCAUGCCUUCAUGUGUGUUGGGUGUAAAACCAUUUUUUUUCUCAUCGACUUUGUGCUAAUGUAACCAUAUGAAGGCUUAUGUUCACAUCAGUUAAGUUUGAGUUGAGUUUGUCGUCUGAUUUAUGCGCAUACUUUUGCAGUAGAAACGUGCCAAAACAUUAACGGAAGUAAUGCGAUUUUCAUGAACUAAACCCACACACACACAAACACGUUUAUGCUCCUUGCACAUCAAUGCAGGGAAAAAACUUCACAUAGAAUCAACACAUGCUGCCGCCAAUACCUAUCUAGCUAGCUAGUCAUUCAGUCAGUCAGCCAAUGUUUUUGCAAGAAGACAGACUGACGAUAGAUAACUGCUUACACUGAUAGAAUGUGUAAUGUGUUAUUUUGAACAGAAGUUAGCCCACACAGUAAAUGUCCUAGUUCCACCAUGGAUUACACUAAAGUCUGCCGUCUAUGUGUAAAUAAUUUUGAGGAUGGUAAACCCCUGUACGAUGAAAACGGCCGAGCCAAUGUCCUACAUGAAAUUACCUGUAAAUAUUUCCAUCCCCAGAUUGUCAAUAUAUUUGAGGCCAAAUACCUAACUUCGAUAUGUUCCGUAUGCUGGCGAUAUCUUUCAGAAUUUCACAGUUUCGAGACAACCAUACAACUGGCACAAUUGAAACUGCUCGAAAUAAAGGCACCAAAAAAAGAAACUGAUACAAGAAAUGAUGCUCAACUCGCGAACAAUUUUCCAACACUUACGAAUUUGCUUGAAAAACCCGGCGUUGUUCAAAAGGACCAAGAGGAUGUAUCCAAAACACCCAUAAAUGAAGCUACUGAUAAUAACGAUGACAAUAAUGCAUCCGAACAGGGCCCAUCUUCUGUGGCAAAUAUGUCAUUAGAAGACGAUCGCUCCAUGGAGGCGACACCAUCGCCGUCUGACAGCGAAACACCAAUUGAAAUCAUUGAUCUUGAUUCCGACAAUGAAGUGCAGCCCAACAAACACAAAAAACUAAACACAUGUAAAACAGUUGCCCAAAUGAAAGUCUCACCAGCCAUUUCGGAUCAACUAAAUGGCACAAGAAUCGGUAGACUGAAUGAGUUUCUUAAGCAAUGGCUGCCACAAAUCAAAUGCGGCACAUGCGAAACCGUAUGCCAAACCAUUUCAGAAUUAGAAAAUCACUUUAUCGAGCGCCAUCCAAAGGCGCCAAUCUAUAUUAUAUGUUGUUCUCGUUUAAUCCAAUUGCGUUGUGCCAACGAGCAUGCUCUGCUGCACAAGAAUCCCAAUUCAUUCAAGUGCAAUUUGUGUGGCAAGCUUUAUGGCGGCAGAUCUAGUCUAAAGCUGCAUGUCUCCAAAGUCCAUCCGGAGCAUAUACAAUUCCAUUGUAAAAUAUGCGGUGACAAACAGUCAUCGUACCAGCUUCAAGUGAAACAUUACUCCGAAAAGCACUCUACCGGACGGCCCAUUAAGCCGAUUAAAAACUCCGAAGGACGUCCAAAGUAUCCAUGUCAUUUGUGCAGCAACAAGGCGGCAUCCGUCUUGUCGUACUACCAUCACUAUUGGUUCGAACAUCAGCACCUAAAAAGCGUAUACCAUUGUGAUGCGUGCGAUAAAACAUAUCCAUUCUCUGAACAUAUCUGCCCAGGCGCAUCAUCAGAAAAGCAAAACGAUUCUUCUUCUGUCUUAAACUCAUCGUCCGGUGGGAAAAAAUUCGAUUGUUCGGACUGUGACAGUUCCUUUGACACGGAACGUGAAGUAAUCGAGCACUUGGCUGCGCAACAUCGCAAAAUCGAUUUGUACACCUGCCCCUGUUGUCUGGUCACAUUUGAUGCUGUCACCAAAAUACCCCAACACCGUAAACAACAUCAUCCCAAUGAAGCGAAGGCGGACUAUUAUCUCCACAUGGAUUAUAAAUUCGAUAAGCUAUUGAAGGAAUAUUUGGCGAAAACCAAAAAUACCUAUCAACAUUAUGUUGGUGAUUUAAUACGAAUACGAGAUCGUCGCAGAUAUCGAGAUUCGUCGAAGAGAAAAGUGGGCGGUGAGAAGGAAGCUCAAACGUCGCAGCGAAGGAAAACGAAUGAUGACGAUGAUGAUUUAAUGGUUGUGGGGAGCCCAUAAGUUAAUUGUGUUGAUUUUUUUUUUUUGGAAAAAUAAACUGGAUAUUUGGAUGAUA